AUGCAUCAGACACACAAAAAAAAGAAUUUUUUUUUUCUUUUAACCUUUUCCUUCCCUGGUGAAUUUUAUCCAUUCUAUCUUUUCUCCUUUUCUUUUGCGACAUUUUUUUUUUUUUUUUUUUUUGUGGUAGUUUUUCUUCCGUUUUUUGUGAUAGUAAUUCUUCCGUUCACUUUAUGUCUCAUUUCUUCUUUUCUCUUCUUUAAAUUCAUUUCUUGCUUUGGAUUUUUUUUUUUUUCUAUAUAUUCCUUCUAUUUUACUGUUAUGCUCAUUUCUUUUUGCUCUUUUUUACAAUCCACCGUUUUAUGUUUUUCUCUAUUUCAACUGUUACUUUUUUUUCUUUAUUCACAUCUCUUAUCUCUCCCUUUUAAUUUUUCUUUCUUUCCUUUUCCAUGCUUUCUCUACGAUUGCUCACAGUUCUCAUUUUUGCUUUUUACUUUCUACUUUUUUUCCUUUUUUUACUCCAUUUCUUCAUUUUUUUUUUUUUGCUAUUUUCUUAACUUCUUUUUUUUGCCUUUAUUUCUCUUUCUCUCUUUUCUUUCUGUUUCUUGUCAACAUUUUUCAUUUUUCUUUUUAGCUGAUUUAUUUACAAUUCCUUCUUGUUUUGUUUUUGCGUUUACAUUGUUUACAUUUUUUCUAUUUUAUUUACUUAUUUCAUUCCUCUAUUUUCUUACUUUUUUCUUUUUUUUUCUUUAUCUUUCCUUCUUUCUCUUUAUCUUUCUUUCUAUCUGGCUUAAACAUUUUCCCUGCUUUCUUCAUAAUUCCUUUCUGCUUACUGUUUUUUCUUUUCUUUUCUACUUUCCUACGUUUUAUUUCUUUUUCAUUCUUCCUGCUUGGAGAAAAAAAAGCAAUUACUGCGUAGAGAGUGAUCCUUUGUUUUCAUUCUGUCGUUUAUUCAUUCAUUUUUUUCAUUACUUCCUUUUUUAUACAUUUAUUUUUGUUUCUUCUUUUCAUUCAUUUUUACUUCCUUUCUUCAAAUCAAUUUUUUUCUGCAUUCUUUUUUUUUUAUUCCUUCUUUAUUUAUUCGUCCAUUUCUUUCUUUCCUUGGCUCAUUACUCCCAUUUUCAUUCAUUCAUUAUUCAUUCAUUCCCUUUUCAUUCAUUUACUAAUACCUUUUUCAUUUAUUCCAUUUUCAAUCAAGAUUAA